UUAUGCUAGCCUUACAUGUAGCCCCUACCCCCCUGUUUCCUUCCCGCCGCCGAGAAGCCCUGGAUCGUGACGUCACGGUGUCCUCAAUGUGCUAUGAAAGGCCGUCGUUCUUCGAACCUCAGUCCACUUGUGAUUUUUGUUCUAUCAAUAGACUAUCUCAGUUAUUAUCAACUCACUUCACCGAAUGCUAUCAAGUAGGUAUGGGAUGGCUAUAACUGGCUUUUCAGCAUUUUCGUGUAGAAAAGACAUUUGCUGACAUUUCUUGCACUAAUUCGCUCGAGUUCCACAUCACCAAUGUCAAAAUCAGUAGCAGCAGAAUACUAAAAUUAAUCGCAAUCUAGCACUAUCUCAUCUGUGAAGGUGUCUCGAAAAACAUGCAACCAUGACGGCCCAAGCUCAGGCAUUCUGGAUACAAUGGGUUGAGGACGCCUUCCCUGAUCUCGACACUCGCGCCUACUUCCUGCCUCCUGUCUACUUCAACCGCGUGCCCAUGAUCAGUCAACCGAUUGCUGGUCAGCACGUUUUCAUUUUACAGUCAGCAAGUGGACAAGCUGGUCAACCUAUCCUCUACCGUGUGGUUCCAACCGCUGUAAGUCGUCCAUCCAUUCCUCAACCUCCUCCCGUUUAUAACAGUGACACCAGAGACGAUGCAGCCAUGCAGCGGGUGCUCGUCUGUGUACAGAAAAUGGCGGAACAGAACGGAGAAGUUUUAGUCGGAAUGACCCAGCUUCAGUUCGGACAGUACCUGGGGGAACCUUGUUACGCUGCUGCGGCUGCACAGCUCCCCCUACCCGCCAACUUACCACCUGCUCUACCACGGAACUGGAAACGUGGAGACUUUGAUGUGCUUCUGAUUCACCGACAAUAUGGCCUUGUCAUCUGUGAGGUGAAGGCUUGUGGUGACAAUGUUAAGGCCCUCAACAUGUCAAAGCACGAUGUAGACAAAAUAAUAAGAAAGAAGCUAAAACAGGCCGUAGAACAACUAAACAAGGCAAAGGCCAUGUUGUCACACCUUGUGUCCGACAUAGCUCCCGGUUUGCGAAUCACCAGAACCUUUGCAUUUCCAAACCUCACAGCUCAUCAGCUGCAACAAGCUGUCAGUGGCGACACCCACCUGACUCAGGCCCUGUGUCAGUGUCUGGGAACAAAAAAUCUCGCCGAUGUCACUGGUCUGUGUCUCUGCUCUGAUCCCCUCUCUGACCCCAAGACACCUUGGGACGUUAGUAGUCACGUGCUGAAGGAACUCGGGAGCUGGUGGCAGCGCCGUGUGGCUGGGGUUGGGGCUGACAGUCACAUGACUAGUGCCUUGUACAAGACAUUAGUAGCCAGGUUCUGUGGUCCGGCGACAUCAGUGACUGUUCCAUGCACAAGUCCACCCCGUCUCAGUCUCAAGACUCUACACCAGGCCGUGUCGUUGACGGGUGAGUGCUACAGUACACUAAUAACACUCUUCCCGGAACAAGUUGACCUGCUGAACACGGGUCCUCCCAGACUGUUUCUGUCCGGACCACCGGGCACCGGCAAAAGUGUGCUGCUGCUGCUGAAGGGGAGACAAUGGCUGAGAUGUGGCCACGUGGUCUUGAUUGUGAGUACAGGCUGGUGGAGUCGUGCAGCAUGCUGCAUGCUGUAUCAUCUGCUGAAGACAGAGGAGGUGACACCUGGUCAGCUUUGGCUCUUGCAGUAUGAUUUUACACGUGAGGACGAUGUGUUGCAGGCUGUGAGUGACAUGUUACAGGCAGUUAAAGAAGGAUCAUUGUACAUCCUCGCUGAUGAAGCUGGCUAUAAGGGAAGCACAAUGAUAGUCUUCCCUCCGGUCUUCGAGCAGAAUUUUGGAAAGCUCCCUGGUCUUCAUCUUUGGGCAGCAAAUUGUUACCAUUCAAAUAUUCCCUCCGGCUGGCAAGUGGAAUACUUGACCAGACCUCUCCGCUUUCCGCCGGCUGUCGUCAGGGAGGUGGAGCAGGACAACGAAAUCACCGGGGACCGCACUGUCCACGAGUACAGUGAGCGGGGUGUGCCCGACCACACAGACGGCCCGCCAGUCAAGCGACUGUAUCACAAAGGUGAUGGUCACUCAGGUGAAUCGCCAAACGAAUGUGUCGCUUGUGGUCGUGAGGUGGGCAGCUUUCUACACAGUCUGUGUAUUGGUGCUCCGGUGAAGGCCCAGACAUCAUCCGCGACCGUCAUUCCAAGCAGCGGCGAUGCAUCCCCACCCGUCGUGCAGUGGAGAGAUGUGCUGGUGUUGACUCGUGAAGACCUUCUUGACGACUCGGGUAUGGUGAUGGGGCUGAUAGCGGCGGGUAUUCCAGUUCAGGUGAUGACGGAUAAUGACACGGAAGACGUGGCCAUGGCCCGCAGUGACGUAGUGUGGGCGGCGGGUGGAGGUCGUGUUCGUGGUCUGGAGAGAAAAGUCGUUGUAUGUCUAGAGAGUGAUGGUGGGUCUGUCCGACUUCUCAAUAUGUCCCGGUGUACUUCACAGCUUGUGAUAGUCUCCUCUAACUUAAGCCUGAACUAACACACUAUAGUCCCUCUGCUUGUCUUAAUUUGUUUCUUGCUUUCUUACAACAUCUGUCUGGCUCUGUUUGAGCCCGUAUAGGCGCCAUCUUAUUACCCGUAAACCGUGCACUUAGUUUUAGAAUGUCCGGUCGUUUGAAUGCUUAGGAACCAGACUUGCAGUGGGCCACAGAACAGCAUGGGUCAAGAGCGGGCUUCAAUCAAGGAAUAGCAUUGUCGAUAUAUCUGAGCGCUGAGCGUCUAUAGCAGGGAGGAUAACUCUCAGGGAUUAGUGAGCAGAAAGUAUGGAGGACGUGUGAUUGUGGUUGUUGAACUUGUGACAUCCACCAGACGCCCGUGCUGCAGUGAAUGUCGUAAAUCCCAAUCCGACUGCGUGUAAGAAUAUUGUGCACACGAUAGCAUGACAGACAGAGUGCAGAUGUGAUGUGAACAAUGAUACCCUGAAAAAGUCCAUACUUUGUACACGUUGAUCUUUCAGUAUAGUUGUGGUGGCGGUCAAAGAGAUAAUUCUGUGAGUUGCACGAGUACUCAUGUAACAUGAACACCCUAGAAGAAGUCGUGGACACUUAUCUUCGUUUCAUUCCAGAUGUGACAUGACAGGGAUUUGUAUUACAACGUCAAAGACUUCAAAAAGGUUUUUGACAGAGUCUGUCACGAAAGGCUGUGACAUGUGACGCGAAAAUCCAUCAGCAAAGAGGGUCUUGUCCAAGUCCCCCAAGCGUUGUAUAAUAAUUUAGCAUUGCUGGCUAUCCGAAUGGGAGCUUUCUUUCACUCGACAGUAGGCGUCCAUCAAGGGUGGGCCCAACCACUAGUGUCGUACAACAUAUUUUUGGUGAAUAUCACGCGCGAAGCCCACCACAACCAUCAGCCAUAACAUCAGGUUUGCUACUAAGUACAAGCUGUACGAGCCCUUUGUACAUAGUGCCGAUGCUGAUUUACAAAUGUUAAAGGUGGACACUUCGUACCGAUACUAAGAGGAGAAUUCCAGAUGUCACACACGGAACAUAAAACCAAUGACUUUGUAUGUAUGUAUGUACUUUGGAUUUGUACGAAUCAUGGUCACCACGCUAGUAGGACACCAGGAACUUCUAUUAAAUAAUCAAUCAGUGUAAGCUGGUCGUCUUAUGAUCGUGACCCGGCAUGACAUUCUGUUGGAUUGUUUUGCAAAGCGCCUUGUAGGGAGGUCGACUUCAAAUUGGCUUGUGGAAGAACUGAAUAACAAACAUAAUGGAAAGGACUGGUCGUCCUGAACAGGAAAUGCUCCUUAUUGCCGCAAAUGGCUGAUAAAUGGCUGAUAAAUGGUACAAAGAAAUACAAAUAUAUAUCGGAAGAUUAUAAAUGAACAAACACGACGCUGUAUGAGAUUGACUGAGAGGGUUUGAGGUAGGGUAAAAGAUAUCACCAGGUACUUUCGAUGUACAUGAUUUUAUUAAUAAAUAUUUUUAUUAGCACUAUGAAUCCACCGGAUUAAAUGGUUGAGAACAGCAUCAGCAUAUAAAUUUUCAUUACAUUUUGAUUGGCUCAUUUUCCUUCCGGAUGUGAAGAAGGAUCCUUUCGAAGUGGAUGUAAACUGAGAUUUAUUUAGUAAGCAUGAUAAAGACAGCUUUUGUUAGUGAGCAACUCUACUCAUUGUAUUUUUCUAGAUGACCUUAUAUAUUUGUUUUAGGUGGACAAAAGAAUACAAAUUAUGAUAUUAUGCCAGCUUAUGCUAGUAAAUAUGAAACUGUA